AUGAGCCAGGCGUCGUCAUCAUCCUUCCCAGUCCAAGUGACAUGGAUUAGCAACUCCCGUGUUGGAUCUUGCAAUGCUUACUCAGGCCGUUCUCAAACUCCGACCAUCCGAGGCUUGAACACAAAUUCUGGGAUGGCUUGCUACGUUACCAAACAAAUCCCUGCUAUCGCGUCCUCUAUGUUCGAUAUGCUCAUGCUGUCCCAAAUGCUCUCAUGA